CCGCCCUCUCUGUCGUCGAUCCGCCCAAAGAGGGAGCUUGGCCCUGCCCCGGGCAGGAUCCUUCCCAUGAAAGUCGAGUCCAUCGCUCUGCCCCCGACACAUCUCCCCCCUCUCGCCCCCUCUUGCCCGCCGCCCCUUUCCUGCCUGCCUGCCUCACGUGCCUCCCUGUGCCUUGCCGCCCGAGGCUCCCUCACCGGCCAUGGUCUCGCCGCAAGGCCCCCUCUCGUUGGAGGAGUUGGCGAUGGCCUUCCGCCAGGAAGCCGAUCGGGCGGUUGUCUCGCUAAAUGAGCAUGCGCUCCAUGACUCGGCCAGAUGGCUGUCCGACCUGGUUGGCUGUCUGGCACCAGGCACUGCCCUCCUGUCGGAGGCGGUGCACCUGGCUGCCAGUGGGGCGCGGCCGAUCGGCCACCCGGGCUGUCCCAUGCAAAUGAGCACUCCGCUUGCCGCUCGCGCACGCACACAGCUCCGGAACACACUGCACGAGGGCCAUGCCUUCCUGCGGGCCUCCUACCAGGCGGGCCACGGCCCGGCCGACCGGCGCUCUUCCGGCCCGGGCUUGGCCACGGCCCGGCCAAGGGACCUUGGAAACGCCUUUGCCGGGCUUUAUGCCCGGUGGCUGGACGCCGACCGCCGGCGGCAGGAUGCCACCGUUCGACUGUAUGCCAAUCGCUUUGGCACCGGGGCAACGACACUUCAGCCGCCGGCCCCCCGGCCGCCGGCGCGUUUCACCAUGCGCCGUGGGGUGGGCUCCAUUGAUAGUACGCCUCGUUGCGCGGCAAAUCCCACCCGCGUGCCGUCUCCCGCUUCGCCUUGUCCUCCUGCUCCCCCCACGGAUGCAAGACAGCAUCGGUCCUCCUGCCCGCUGUCUCCGAUUGACCGAUUUGUCGCCGGCGCUCAGCCGCCUUUUUCAAUUCGGUCGACGAGAUCUCGCGCGAUUUGGUCGUCCUGCUGAUGGCCGAGCUGGCCCAGGCCGAGGGCCGCACUUUGGAGCACCCUGGAUCGGCUUCCGCCGAGCCUUUGCGCGCCUGCCUCGCCUGGCUGGGCGCUCCGCCGGGCGAUCGGCCCGUGACGGCACUGCUCCGCCGGGUCGGCCGAUUGCCAGGCGGCCUCGCAGCCAUGAGCGGCCUCGCGCGGCUCUUUUGGCUGGCAGCGGUUAUGCUACUUGAGAAGAGCCGCGCAGCUGGAACCCUUCCGGUCCCGGGGGCUCGGCGGCCGCCCUUCUUCCUGUUGGCCCUGGCGUCGGCCGUCUUGGAUCCACUGCACUGGGGCGCGUGGCUGGUCUUGUCGCACUUUGUGGCCACCGUGGAGCAACUUGGCCGAAUUGUGGCGCAGCUUCGCGCCGCAGUCGUGCACAUCCGAGGGAGCCCCCUCUUCGGCCUGGAGCAUGCCGUGGCCCUGUCGCUGAUGGGCCGGCUAUUUGAGGCACACACGCUGACCACGGUCCUGCGCACCGAGCCGGCCAGUGCCCUUCGUGUGCUGCUGACCGGCCGCGGGACCGGGCAAGACACGGGCGGCGGAUGUGACCGGUGCAUGCCGGCCCCGGCCGGGCAGGCCGCCUGCAUUUGCCUUGGACCGGUGUUCCUCCUGGCAGCCGGGCAUGGCGGCGUGGCCGCGGUCCUGCUUGCCCGGGCACAUGCCCUUCAGGGCGACCUGGCCGGGGCUCGGGCUCUUUUGGCCCCGGUGGCGCGGGCCUCCUUUCACCACUAUGGCGCGGAGCUGAGCGGCCUGCUUUUCCGUCUCCUGCCCUUGGAUGACCAUCUCCCGGAGGGGGGCGGCUGCACCGGCGGUGGUGCCUUGGCCCCGGGUGACCCGGAGGCGGAGCUCACCCGACUGCUGGUGUGCCUGCCAGCGCGCGAGGCGCUUGGCCUCCUUGCGGAGGUGGCCCUGGCCGAAGACCCGGCCGGCGUGCGUCCCGGAUCGCUGGUGGUGCAGGCGGACCACGCGAUGGCCCUCUUCCUGACCGGCUGGGAAAGUGUCCACCUUCGCCGGGCGACAGGCCUGCUGGAGCGUGCAGUGUGUGGCCUCCCGGCCGGCGUGGGCCUGGCAUCGGACCAUGCCGGGGGUCCGGACGAUGCGUGGGCCAGUUUGGCCGGGGCAUAUGCCCUGGCCGAGGCGCCGGCUCUGGCGGCCGAGGCAUUCCUGUGGCCACUGGCCGGCCGAUCGGACGGCUGGGCCGGGGGCCAGCGUGCCGCGCUCGGCCUUUCGCAAGUGUACCACCGCAUGGGGAAGUCUUCGCUGGCGGGGCUGUGGGCCUGGCGUGCAUGCGCCGAAUCACCGGCCGAUCCACGCUCCUGGGCAUUGCUCCGCGACUCGCUCAGCGAGCAGGGGCAAUCGUGUCUGGACCGGCUGCUGCCCGAGGUCCAGAACAUGGCGCCAACGUCGAUGGACGAUCUUUUGGCGCAUUUCGAUUAACAACAAUACAGUUUAGAAGAUGGGCGCGCCCGCCAAGCGAA